UCCCGGAAGUUCCGGUCCUGCCGCUGCCUGGGAUAAACAGAGAUGGCGGAGGCGGUGGCUCUGGGAACAACGGCGGGCGCCGCGGCCGCCGCCGCCACCGCCACCCUGGGGACACCCGCUGCAGCAGCCGCGGGAGCCGCGGCCUUCGACUUCGCGGUGGUGCCGCCGCCCGUCGUGGGGCCGGGAGGAGGCGGCUGGACCAAGCAGGUCACUUGCAGAUAUUUCAUGCAUGGAGUCUGCAAGGAAGGAGAGAACUGUCGCUACUCCCAUGACCUCUCCACUAGUCAGUCUGCCAUGGUGUGCAGGUAUUAUCAGCGAGGAUGCUGUGCUUACGGAGAUCUUUGCAGAUAUGAACAUACCAAGCCACUGAAAGAGGAAGAAGUGACUGAUGUGAAUCCAGAUGCAAAGAUUUAUCCCUCAAUGUCCUCAGACUUCGCAUCACUCCCUGAAACAGUUGAAGAAAUUAUUGCUGAGAUAGAAGAUGAAAAUAUAGAUCUGGCAGCUGCAGGAGUAGGUGCUGAAGACUGGGUGAAUGCUGUAGAGUUUGUCCCUGGGCAGCCAUACUGUGGACGUGCUGCUCCUUCCUGUGCUGAAGCACCCUUGCAGGAAAUGGUGAUUGAGGAAGAAUAUGAAAAGGAGGAAGUAGAUGUGGAGAUAAAGAAGGAGCUGUGCCCCUAUGCUGCAGUAGGAGAAUGUCGUUAUGGGGAAAACUGCGUGUAUAUCCAUGGGGAUGUGUGUGAUAUGUGUGGACUGCAGGUCUUGCAUCCAAUUGAUGCUGCACAGAGAUCUCAGCACAUCAAGUCUUGCAUUGAAGCUCACGAGAAGGACAUGGAGCUUUCAUUUGCCGUCCAGCGUAGUAAAGACAUGGUGUGCGGGAUAUGCAUGGAGGUGGUGUAUGAGAAAGCUAAUCCUAGCGAGCGCCGCUUUGGGAUCCUCUCCAACUGCAGCCACACUUACUGUCUCAAGUGCAUCCGCAAGUGGAGGAGUGCUAAACAGUUUGAGAGCAAGAUUAUAAAGUCCUGCCCAGAAUGUCGGAUCACAUCUAACUUUGUCAUUCCAAGUGAGUACUGGGUGGAGGAGAAGGAAGAGAAGCAGAAACUCAUUCAGAAAUACAAGGAGGCAAUGAGCAACAAGCCGUGCAGGUAUUUUGAUGAAGGCCGUGGGAGCUGUCCGUUUGGAGGGAACUGUUUUUACAAACAUGCGUAUCCUGAUGGCCGCCGAGAGGAGCCACAGAGACCCAAAGUGGGAACAUCAAGUAGAUACCGGGCCCAGCGGAGGAAUCGGUUCUGGGAGUUCAUUGAGGAGCGAGAGAACGGUGAUCCGUUCGAGACCGACGAGGAUGAGGUGGUGACCUUUGAGCUUGGUGAGAUGUUGCUUAUGCUGUUGGCAGCAGGAGGUGAUGAUGAGCUAACGGAUUCCGAGGAUGAGUGGGACUUGUUUCAUGAUGAGCUGGAAGAUUAUUAUGACUUGGAUCUAUAGCACCUGUCAGUGGAGUGUGGACUGUCGUCUUGGCUUCAGGCAGUAGCUAUUACCUGUGGUGUUGUGGCAGUGCCUGUGUUUCUCCUAGGCAGGCCGAUCAAUUCCAGGUGCUGUUGUAAUAACUUUUACCCAGGGUCUGUCUCUUCCCAUCCCUUCCCACCCCAGGAGUGUUGUUUUUUCCUCUGUUAAAACAAAUAACAUGAAAUAAAUCUUUAAAAUGUUA